UCUUCAAGCAGAAGCAGCGGUAGUGUGAACUGUGUUGUUAGUGAAACGUCUAGUUUAGCUUCAUUUAGCUUCAGUAAUGCCGUAUGCUAACCAGCCAACGGUAAAGAUCACAGAGCUGACAGACGAAAAUGUCAAGUUUGUCAUCGAAAACACGGAUUUGGCGGUCGCAAACUCCCUCCGCCGUGUCUUUAUGUCGGAGGUUCCUACAAUAGCCAUCGACUGGAUCCAGAUCGACGCCAAUUCGUCAGUACUGCACGAUGAGUUUAUCGCCCACAGAGUGGGGCUCAUACCACUCACCAGCGACGAUAUCGUGGACAAAAUGCAGUAUUCCAGGGACUGCACCUGUGAGGAUUUCUGUCAGGAGUGUUCUGUGGAGCUCACCCUGGAUGUUCGAUGUAACGAGGACCAGACGCGUCACGUGACCUCGCGUGACCUGUUGUCUAACAACCCCAGAGUCAUCCCGGUGAGGAAACUUUGCACGCAGCUCGGCUCACGUUUCUCCCUGCACAGGUUCUAUUACAACGUGGAGUCCUGCGGCUCCCUGCGGCCAGAGACCAUUGUCAUGUCAGCGCUGGCUGUCCUGAAGAAGAAGCUGAGUGACCUCCAAACCCAGCUGAGCCACGAGAUCCAGAACGACGUACUGAUCAUCAACUAAAGGACCUUCCUCCACACCAGCUUGAAUGGCUUUGCUGUGUCCUCCCUGCAGGCUGGCAGGAUCACUGAGAUCUGAUCCAUUAAAAUGUGGGUCGUGUUUUCUGGUCAUAAUAAAUUAAUUGAGUCUCAGUCACUAGAAAUGUAAAAUUCAAUGAGUUUGCGAGAUCAUUGUUUCAUUUUUAGUUUGAGCCAAAUGCAUAUUGAUCUUUUUUGCUGUCAGUGUAACACUUUAAACUGUUAUUUUUCCUUAAAUGUUCCUUUUUUAAAUAAAUAUUUUCUAAAGGAAAUUA